UAUUGCUUCUUUCCAAUUGCAGUGGGCUGCUUUGGUUCUUCUGCUCUCUGGAUUUUUCUUUCCGAUUCAGGACUUCUACAUUUGCUGAAGAUUUUUUUUCUCAUAAAAUCUUGCAUUUCCUAUUCCACAUAAAAUUCCCAAAUACUUGAUUUUAAAGCGAAUGCUUUCCUGAACGUAUGGUGCCAACAAGCAGAUUUACUCAGUGCACUCAGCAGCAUGAGGUCAGCAAUUGCUGUGAAGAGCCUUGUGUCUCCAUAGGUGACUUCCCAUUUAUUUUGUCAGUACACUGGUGUAGGCAGAGCUGAUUCUAUGCCAAAUAUCUCAGAUGUCUUUUCAGUCAGGAGAGUUGGCUGCACUCAAGCAAGAUGUUUUUUAAUAUUUCAAGUUGCAUUUCCCAGAAUUGUAUGUAUGUAUGUAAUGCUCAAAGACAUUCCAGGUUGUCAGUUUAGUUAUGUCACGUGUUGGUGUUCCUCUGUAUUUUAAAUGUGUUCUGAUCUCAGAAAGCUUCAAUUAAAAUAUAUAAUAUACAAGCAAGAUAUAUAGCAUAAUAUAAAAGAUUUUUUUUUUCAUGAGGGUUUUGACCUAAGUAAAUCAUUGUCUUAAAUUAUUCUGUGUUAGAGUUUUCCAUAAGAAAAGUUGUUUUUUCUUACAUGAAUGUUGUAAAUUUUCCAGGGUGAGGAAGGUAGAGUUUUGCCUUUCACAUUGGCAAAGCGCAGGCUGCUCUGUGUCCCUCACACUGGUGCACGUUCUCAUAGGAAGGCUGUCAUUAAAUCACACUUCUUGCUGUGGCCUGUGUGUCUGUGGGAACACGGGCAAAAGCGAGCUGGCACUCAGGGGUGGGAGCAAGGUUUAUGUAAGAAGGCAAUUAGGAAGUCAUCAGCCUUGUCCGCUUAUUAAUGUGACCGAUGUAGCUGUUACUAGGGGCAGCAUCCCAUUAUCUUGCUUAUUGUAUUGCUAAGCCUUCCAAGCAUGUUUCUGGGCUUUGAACCUAGCUAAUGGAGAACACUGUGUAAACCACCCCCAGAAGAAGCUGGCAGCCUUGAAGUGCAGCUGCGUUCUGGAAGGUAAAGGCGUUCAGGGCUCACUGUCUUUCUGUAACUGCAGUUAAAAUGGGCCGGAUUUCAUGGCUGGCAGUUCUGUGCUCUGAUUAUGCCAUGGGGAGCCUGCGUGAUUGCUCUGCCAGGCUGGGAGUGCUUGGGUGCAAACGGUUUGAGGGAAACUUCUGGUCAUGCACCAGAAGGGUUUGUGUCCAUCUUGCUUUCUUCUUCCUGCUGUUGAUUUCUCAGAGCCAGUAACUGUGAAAAGCAGAAAGCUUCAGAUCCAGUGGGUCUGGGUCUGGCUGGAUAAAUGCAGUCUUUCCGAAAAGCAAGGAAGGUUUUGGUGGUCAUUUCAUAAGACAGAAUUUGGCAUUUUAGAAAUCUUCCCAUCUCCUUUUUUUCCAGCGUGCCCUCUGUGGCCAUGGUGCCUCAGGCUGUACUGCAAAGAUCUGGGUUUUGCUCCAGAUAGAACCACCUGUUCGCCUGACUAUCUGUUAAACCCCUACACUGUGAUGUCUUGUGUGGCAAAGUCCACCUGUGCCAUCAGCAAUACUGUCAUUGCAUUCUUCAUUUUGGCUACAAUAAGAGGUAGUGCCUUCCUCAGUGCUGUGUUCUUGGCCCUAGCAACAUACCAGUCACUCUACCCCAUCACGUUGUUUGCUCCAGCACUGCUUUACCUUCUACAGCGUCAGUUCAUACCAAUAAAACCAAAAAGUAAAAGCUUCUGGCUCUUCACCAUGCAGUAUACAGCCUUGUACCUGUGCAGCCUGGUGGUGAUCAUCUGCCUCUCCUUCUUCCUCCUCAACUCGUGGGAUUUUAUCCCAUCUGUUUACGGGUUUAUCCUUUCUGUUCCAGAUCUGACGCCCAAUAUUGGCCUUUUCUGGUACUUCUUUGCAGAGAUGUUUGAACACUUCAGUCUUUUCUUUGUAUGUGUGUUUCAAAUCAAUGUGUUCUUCUACACCAUUCCCCUGGCAGUAAAGCUCAAGGAACACCCUGUGUUCUUCAUGUUUGUCCAGCUCGCAAUCAUUUCUAUCUUCAAGUCCUAUCCCACAGUGGGAGAUGUUGCACUGUAUAUGGCUUUCCUCCCAGUCUGGAGCCACCUUUACAGGUUCCUUCGGAACAUCUUCAUCCUGUCAUGUAUGCUCAUCGCCUGCUCCCUCCUGUUCCCUGUUUUGUGGCAUCUCUGGAUUUUUGCAGGAAGUGCCAAUUCCAAUUUUUAUUACGCCAUCACGUUGACUUUCAACAUAGGGCAGAUCCUGCUCAUCUCGGAUUACUUCUAUGCCUUCCUCCGGCGGGAGUACUACCUCACUCAUGGACUCCAUCUGACAAGGCAGGAUGGGACAGAGGCCAUGCUUGUUUUGAAGUAAGGGUUGAAUCCACUGUUUCUUGGGCCAUGGACUACUUUAAGGAACAUGUGAAGCUGGGUGUAUAUGGGGUGGGUGGGGAAGGUUCCCUGGAUGAGGUCUGGCUUUGGGGAUGAUACCUACCGAAAGAAUGGGCUGCGGUUCUUCUGGGAGCACCCUCUGCAGCAGCGGACACAGUGCAGGCUGAGAGCUGCAAGAGCUGCAAGAAGAACCUUCACCGGAGAAUCUCCCUUCUUCCUUCAGCUGUGCUUUUCACUGAGACCUCAGCCAUCAGUUCUGGGCAGUCCAGCAGGAACUGGAGCAAGCAUUUGAGCUAAAAACAGGGCUCGAUCUCUGGACCAGAAACUGCUCAGACCAUUAACUGUUUUCUUUACGUCACUGCUUCUUGAAAAUGUUUGCUUCUCCUGGAAAUUUCCCUGUCACAGCUUUUACUGGUAAUGCUCCUGUUUGACAUGAGAACAUCUGGGUGCCUGUGCCAAAGGCCUGCCUGCUGUUGCGGGUUCUGGAAAAACCAUGUGCUCAGGCACAGGGGCAGUUUUUAAAGCAAGUAGGUGAGCAAGGAUGAACUGUUGGAAGGAGGAGCUGCUGCUGUGGGAGCUCUUGGCACUCACGUCACUACUGAGAACUGGAACUAGAGGAAAGCAGGAGCAGGGGGCAGUGUGCAAGUGUUCGACCCCUUUAUGAGUAGAUGCUCCCUUGUGAAGAGCUGCAGGGAAUCACAGCAGGCUCUCAGAGGAAGAAACACUACUGUGCAGAUAGUCUCCUACUACAGUGUGGGUAGUGGGUAGCUGCUCUAUCCUGUUGAGUGGAUGCUUCCUUGUGAGGAGCUGCACAGAAACGUGGCAGGGUCUCAGAAGAAGAAACGCUGCUGUGCAGGUAGUCUCCUACUGCUCCUUAUUUCUGUGUGUUAACAAAGCUUGGCAAUGCAGGGCUUGCACUACGCUGUUGUGAUAGCUUGGGGCAGCAGCACACACAUGAAACAAGCAAGCUGCCUGCCUGGGCUGGGGACCAGGAGGUGUCAGGAUCUCCCCACAGACCAAACUCAGAAGGUGCCUUGGACUGCACUGUUACAGAGUUGUUGGGCUCCAGGUGUUUCACAGCAGCUUAACCAUACGGAUAGUCACGGCAGUGUUACACUCUUGCACACACAGCGGAGGUAUCUUGUUGCUGUGUGUGGAAGGCUCUGUAACAUGCUGUCUUUCAGCUCCCCUGCUGCUUUCCCUGUGUUCACACCUUUUCUCCAGAGCUUUUGCUGCUGCUGACCCCAUGAAUGUGACCCACCGAGGGAAUCCCCAGGGCUCUGCUGGUUGCACGUGGCACUGGGCCAUUAACCAUAGUGUUGAAAGCCUUCUGCAGUGCUGGGGCAGGGAGCGGCCGCUGCUCCUCAGCCGUGCGGAGAAAAAAGCGGAAAGGCUGGUGGUUUGUCAGCAUGGAAACAAGACUGCCUGGCCCAGAGCAACAGAGAGAGCGGCGUGCCCAGGCCCUCCCCAGGCAGUUUUAUGAACAAAUCUUGUGGUUUUUUUUAACAGUUAAAAAUUUUGCCUUACUGCACUGCUGUUAGCGCUUUUGCCGGGGGGUGUUACUGUGAGUCCGGCUCAGCCACCCCAUGCUGCAGCCCUGGGCCGCAGGUCGCGAAGGCACGGCUGCUCCGGGCUGCCCCGUGCGGCAUGGCAAAGAGCACAAUAAACUGUGCAAGUUUUAGGAGUCGUUUGCCUGCUCUGUGUU